AUGGACCCUUUUGAAGGAAGAAUGGCUUUUCUGCAACUUUUGAAUAAGCUAAGUGCUUCCCAGUUGUCUCAGUUGAAGCCUGCCCAAUUUGCUUUAAAAAACAGAGACCUUGAGGAAGAUUUAUAUUCCUGUAUAUGGGAAGAGUUGGAAUCUGGAUCAUUCAAUACGAGGGUAAAUAUCAUAUACUUUGUGGAUACCUUGUGUGAAUUAAGUUUAAGAAAUGGAAUCAGUAAUGGUUAUAUUACUAUGAUUACUCGUGAUAUUUUAAAACUGGUAGAAUAUGUGGUUCCAAUUGGAACAGCAGGAGCAGCCAAUGCUCCUGAAGUAAGAAAGGUGCUCCACUCCCUGCGUCUGAAGAACAUAAUAGAUGAUGCUCGGCUUCAGGAAGCAAUUAACUUGGUAGACGCUCACGAACAAGCAAGCAAAGCAGGUGAGGACCAAGGUACCACGUCAAUUUCUAGAGCCGAUAUAUUAAGGCGAUUAGAAGAAGACAGGGAACGGCAUAAGCGCAUGCGCGAAAAUAUAUGGGCAAUACCGAAGCCAGAACUAGAACACGAGAUUGCUUGGAAUACUAUAGAACCAAUCACAGAAUGUGAUUUAGAGUCAUUGAACGACGAUUUUGAAAAGUAUAAUGAAUGUAUUCGUGAAUCUCUUUGUUAA